AACUUUUCCAUUCAUACAGCCGGCGCUCCUUUUUGCCCCUUUCAAAAUAACUCACUGUCAUCAUCAUUCGGAAAACGGCUUUGCCUGGACGGGACUAAUUAUUUAAAAUUGGAGGAGUGAUUAGCUGCAAUCGGAAAAAGGAAAGCAAGAAAGAGAGAUCAAGCGUCUGGCACAACAACGACAGGGCCCAUUGGACACUGAGCACCCUUGGGCCUGUCUCUGUCAAGUAGACAUGUUUCAAACUGUCCCUGACACGUCGUCUUACGUCAAGGAGGCGCUAUCAGUGGUGAGUGAAGACCAGUCCUUAUUUGAGCCUCCCUACGCUGCUGCUGCCCCUCUACCCAAAACAGAUAUGACUGCAUCUGGCACACAGGACUACGGCCAGACCCACAAAAUCAACCCCUUACCUCCACAACAGGAGUGGAUCAACCAGCCAGUGAGGGUCAAUGUCAAAAGAGAAUAUGAGCACAUGAACGGAUCCAGCAGGGAGUCUCCAGUGGACUGCAGUGUGGGUAAAUGUAAUAAGCUGGUGGGGGGUAAUGAUACAUCUCAGAUGAACUAUGGAAACUACAUGGAUGAGAAGAAUGCUCCUCCCCCCAACAUGACCACCAAUGAACGGAGAGUCAUUGUACCUGCAGACCCAUCACUGUGGUCCCAGGACCACGUGCGCCAGUGGCUAGAGUGGGCCAUCAAGGAGUAUGGCCUGUUAGAGAUUGAUACGGCAAUGUUUCAAAACACGGACGGCAAAGAGCUCUGCAAGAUGAGCAAGGAUGACUUUCUACGGCUCACCACCAUGUACAACGCAGAAGUGCUUCUCUCUCAUCUCAAUUAUCUCAGGGAAAGUAGCUCAUCAUUAUCCUACAAUACAACAUCUCACACAGACCCAUCACCACGCCUGGCUGCCAAAGAGGACCCUUCAUAUGAUGCUGUACGGCGGACAGGGUGGUCCAACAACAUGCACAGUGGCAAAGGCUCGCCAGUGGUUACUCAAAAUGUGACCAAGUCCACUGAGCAACCCAGAGCUCAGCCAGACCCUUACCAGGUUCUGGGUCCCACCAGUAGUCGUUUAGCCAACCCAGGCUCAGGUCAGAUCCAGCUGUGGCAGUUCCUCCUGGAGCUCCUGUCUGACAGUGCCAAUGCGGGCUGCAUCACUUGGGAGGGCACCAAUGGCGAGUUCAAGAUGACAGAUCCAGAUGAGGUGGCGCGACGCUGGGGUGAGCGCAAGAGCAAGCCCAACAUGAACUACGAUAAGCUGAGCCGUGCGCUGCGCUACUACUAUGACAAAAACAUCAUGACCAAAGUGCACGGCAAACGCUAUGCCUACAAGUUCGACUUCCAUGGCAUCGCUCAGGCGCUGCAACCGCACCCAACCGAGUCCUCUAUGUACAAAUACCCCUCGGACCUAGCCUAUGUGCCUUCCUACCACACCCACCAGCAGAAGGUCAACUUUGUAUCCCCGCACCCUCCAUCCAUGCCAGUCACCUCCGCCAAUUUCUUUGGACCCACUACUCAGUACUGGAGCUCGCCCACUCCAGGCCUCUACCCCAACCCAAAUGUUCCUCGCCAUCCUAACACGCAUGUGCCAUCUCACCUGGGUAGUUAUUAUUAAAACCACCCUUUCUGAUCAUCCACCACCCCUUGAACCUCCCCUGGCCCACACCAUUUGCUGACAUGCACUCUCAAUGACGCCAAACCAAUGAAGACUGAACAGACAGAGGUAUUUUGUCCUCUGAAGAAAUUUGAUCCAAAAUGAAGGAUGAUUAAACUAAAGGAUUUUUUUUUUGUAUGAUUAUAUAAACAACUGGAUAUUAAGGUCCAAAAAAUGGAAUACUACUUACCUUUAAAUGACUACCAAGUUUUUUUUUUAUUUUUUAUGAUUUAUGGACAUUUAUCUGAGUUUCAUGUGCCUUUUCCUUCCUCCUGAAAGCUGCACCUACAGUAGCUGCAAGUGGGUGUUCAAGAAGCUUCCUAAACCAAAGCCUGAAGACAGAAGAUAACCCGCAAGUCUGUCUGCCUCAUUUUCCCUUUACAGUACCAGACAUGGGCCUAUUACUUAUGGGUCUCAAAAAACAUCCUUCUCAGUAUGUACCUUGUCCUGUAAAGCAUCUGCCAUUUUCCAUUCAUCUAAAGCCUUGACAGGAUUUCUUAUUCCCACUACAUCUAACCUUCUGUUUUGACUGUCUAUGUUUUUUUGGUCUGUUAAUCUGCAUGUUUUCAUGUGUGUGUGUGUAUGCAUGUGGAGAGUCUUCUGGAAUUCGCUGGACAAGAAGGAGCUCUCAUUGAGGUGGACUUUUCUCAGCACUGAAUAAAAUUUGGCAACUGGAAUAUGCCAUUCACUAUGCCAUUUAACUUAUCCUCCAAACUGGAAGGCUAGAGAAGAGUUGAAUGCAGUUAAGAGGGAAGCGCUGUAUGUUUUUGCUGAUUUGGGUCAAUUCAGUUGCUUAAAAUGUUUUCUUGUGAGUUGUUUGCGGCGUUUGAGCUAGGCUAAGUGUUGACUCGAUUGUGCCAGGAAAGCUGAGUCAAGAUAUAAUUGCAGUAAUUUGUUACAAUAAUUCAACGUAGGUCAGAUGUUUUCACUUGGGGCCACACAUUAGGCUAUUAAAUGUUUGCAGAGUCUUCGCAUUUUUCAACCGUGCCAUUUCCACAUGUGUUGUCGCUCGACCGUGUCAGUAUUAAUGUGAAUGUCUUCUGGUUUGUGAUUUUUUUUUUAAAAAGGGAUACCCUUUGGCAAAAAUCUAAAUUUGUCAGAAGUAUUCAUUUUUAUUUUUAAGCGUUUGAUGAAAAAAAAAGUAAUUCCUUCACACUUGAGAUCAUGGAUAUAGAACACGAACGUGCCUUUUUGCAGAUGUGGUCAUGUUGACGUGUAGAUGUUAUCAACUGCCAUUUGGUGGCUAUUUAUUUUCUAUCCAAAAUUGUCUUAAAUGUUCUUCUAUUUUGAAUAUGUGCUGUCCUGAAAAUCCUGCCAUGCUUUAACUGCUGAUUUUGUAUUUUUUUUUUUUUACCAUAUUUUGUCUAUUCAUUAAAGAUGAGACAGCACUUCAUCUUAAAGUGCACGCAAUGAAUUAUCGCACCACAAAUCGGACAAUUUUGGACUUUGAAAUGGACUCUGACAGUAAAAGCUGCCGUGGUGUCUCUUUACUCUUUGUAGGCCAGUCACGACCAUAUAGGUCAGCACAGUAGAUGUGGCUAUGCAUCAAGUCAUGUUAAUAGACAGUUAAGUUGCAUUUUUUUUUUUUUUUUUUUUACCAGGGCUGGAUCCUAAUUUGAGAGUAACAUGUGUGUCUGAAUGUUAGUUUCUCACUGAUCGUAAAGCCCAGCUAAAUGCACAUGAAUCUCAAGUCAGGAUUUCAUUACCACAAUGUAAGAAGACAUAUCCAUCUUCAGGUGUUCAAAGCUGUUAAUAUCGGAAGUAUUCCUUUAACGUAACUGAGAAUGGACACUUGAAUAUAAAUUACCUGGGAACUUUAUCAAAGAACAAAUCCGAUAAAGUAUGACGAGACGAAGCAAAGAAAUCCUCAGAUUCGCAAGCGCUGUGCGUUUGUCAGACCUAUUUUUUAUUAUUUUAUAAGCAUCAGUCAACUAGGCAUUAAAGCAACUUACUGUAUAAAUUAUGCAGAGUUAUUUUCAUAUGUGACACAGUAUUAAAAAAGUCAAGAAAAUUAAUACACGAGUUGACCUCGGUCAAAAAUGCAAAACUUUUAAGUCCAUUUCUGCUAGGUGGUUUGUUAAGCCUUUUAAGCGUUUUUAUAUCUGUACAUUUGGGCAAUACAUUUUACCUUUUUUGUUUUUUUGGUUUCUCUUUAUUGUUAUUAUUUCUCAAGUUAGUUAUAAAAUCCUAAGUGCGAUUAGGUGUAAACUAUAUUUUUGUGUAUUCCCAAAACCAUGAAUUCCGCUUGAAUGAUAACCCGAUGGCCGGGGAUUCCUUUACUAUAUAUGCAAUGUGUGAUCAUGAUGCCUUGUUUCCAUUGCCAAUCACUUUUCUUGCCAAAUGACAGAGUUUCAGGUAUUUUAUGCAAAAUAAUACUAACAGUAUUAUUAUCCACGAUUAAUUUCUUUUGAUGAUUUAUAACAUGCAGUGAGCAAAUUGAAAGGAGAAUAUGAUUUAUAGUAUAAAGAAAUUAUUCUAAUGCACCCUGACUAUUCAUGUUUCACAAGCAUUAUCAGUGAAAAGGGAUCUCUGCUACUUCAUAUAUGCAAUGUAUUUUGGAUAUCAAAAAUAUAUAUAUAUAUUUAUAUAUAUAAAUAUAUAUAUAUAGUGUAUAUUUUACAAUUAACCGAUGUAUUAUUGUUAUUAUUGUCAUUCCUGCAAUGUAUGAAGUAAUACCUUUUGGAAAAGGGCUUUUGUAUAGGAAAAUGUGACAAAAUAAAUAUUUUUACC